UUGCGAGAGUUGUUUCACUUUUUUUUCAUUUCUUUAUUAGUUUGAAACUAUAUCGGAUAAUUUUAUAAAGUGAAAUUUGAGGAGGGCAAAGGGCAUGGUGUUGUGGGUUUUCCCAGCGUUUCUGGUACUUGCGGUUUCUCAUUUGGCAAAUGGAGAAGUAAUCUGGCCGUAUGGUACGUACGGUAUGCCCAAACCUAAAACAGGAUGUCCAGAUAAAAAUACAUGGAAAGAAGGAUGGAGACAACAGGAUUUAGAGAAAGAAACAAAUACUUCAUCUUUUAUUCAUAUGGAUGUACAACUUCAGGGUUUUGGUAACAUUAACAGAAGUUUUUGUAUGAAAACCGUCCCAGAUACUGGGAAAACCAAAUGGCCACGAGGGUUCUACUGUAUAUAUAAACAAAGAAACAGUUUCUGUCCCUCAGGAAUGAUCCAAGGUGAUGUAACAUGGGACGAUGUAAAUAUAUUUAACGUCAAUAAACACGGUGGAACAUUACCGGACGGUGUUUAUGACUCUAACACCAAGAUAUACUCUUGUUGUCAAAAUAUGGGAAAAUGGUUUGAAUCAAUUGAGCUGCCAAUACAUCGUCCAUUCUACCUCCUACCCCAUAACAAUUUUUCAACACCCCGUCCAAGAUGCCAGCUUGUUAAGUGGGCAACAAGUUUGAUGGAGUACAUUGAUUAUGACUCAGUGGAGAUAAAACCAGAUGCAUUCAAUGGUAAUCACGUGUUUCUUCAAACCAUUCGUUCCAAAUCUGGGAACCAGUUACUUCGAGUGCAUUAUUGUUAUUAUGAAGGUUGUCGUUACGAAAUUAAUGGUAACAGAGGUGUGUUUGCGGGCACAAUAAAUGGCAGUAUGCAGUUUGACAAAUGCUCAUGGUUGAUUGAAGUGGAGAAACCUCAAGUGAUUUCAAUUAAAUUUAGCCAACUUCUGCUACCAGAAUGCAAAGAAAGUUAUUUGGCCGUCUAUGAUGGCUCUAAUGAGGAGGCAGUAUUGCUAGCCAAAUAUUGUGGCUCUAGAACUGAAACAAACAUGAUUGUUUCAUCUGGAAACCAGCUCAUUAUAAUCCUUAAAUCUCUUACACCAAAAGAAGGGUUUAGUAGAAAACCAAAGUUUGAAGUGAUUUACGCACAGAAGACUGAUACAAAUUUUACUUUGACCACGAGACCAAAGAUGAGACCGUCGCAAAGUGCGACACACUCUUCAAACACUACAACCGAUCCUGACACCAAAACUAGUUUGAUACUUUCUCUCGUGUUUGCCCUGACUUUCGUCCUUAUUAUUGUACUGCUUCUCGUUAUAUUUCGGGCAAAAAUCACUUGUGUGGAAAAGCUUUGCAACAAAGCUAAUGAACAAACUGAAGAACAAACAGUGGAGCAAAAUGAACAUGCAGUCGUAAUUGUUCCCAUCUACGUUAACGAUAUCAAUGCAACAGAACAGAACAUAAAUGAAAACAUCUAUACAGAAUUAAAUGUUGUUAAUCCUGAACCUGAGAACAUUUAUCAGCCGUUGAAACACAACACAAGAGAGAAAGAAACAGGAACAGAUCAAUAUAUGGACGGGAUAUAUGAAGAUGUGAAUUGACUGAACCCGAAAUA